UCUAUGGGGUCACCACUAUGGGGUUUCCUAUAUGGGAUCAGCUCUAUGGGGUCUCCUCUAUAGGGUCACCUUUUGGGGUCCCCUCUAUGGGGUCAAAAACACUUGUGCACUGCACUCUGUGUCACAAUGAAGCUCUUGUGCAACGCACAAGGCGCCGUGCAAAGGUGCAAGGGUGUGCAAUGCAGGUUGUGUUGCACCGGAGCCCUUGUGCAAUGCACGCUGCUGUUGGAUUUGCACUAAAGCACUUGUGCAACACGUUGCACACUGCUGCAAUGGGGCUCUUGUGCAACGCAGUGCACACUGCUGCAAUGGAGCUCUUGUGCAACACAGUGCACACUGUUGCAAUGGAGCUCUUGUGCAAUGCACACUGCUGUUGGAUUUGCACUAAAGCACUUGUGCAACAUGGUGCACACUGCUGCAAUGGAGCUCCUGUGCAACACACUGCAGACUGUUGCAAUGGAGCUCUUGUGCAACGCACGCUGCUGUUGGAUUUGCACUAAAGCACUUGUGCAACACGUUGCACACUGCUGCAAUGGGGCUCUCGUGCAACAGUGCACACUGCUGCAAUGGAGCUCUUGUGCAAUGCACGCUGCUGUUGGAUUUGCACUAAAGCUCUUGUGCAACACAGUGCACACUCUUGCACAAAAGCACUUGUGUGCGCUGCCUGCACUCAGUGUUGCAUGGAAGCUGUUGUGCAACGCACUCUGCUGUUUUGCAUUUGCACAGAAGCACUCGUGCAACGCCGCGCACUUUGGGCUGCAACGAAGGACUCGUGCAACGCACAAGGCGCCGUGCAAAGGUGCAGGGGGGUGCCAUGCAUCGCUGUGUUGCACUGGAGCUCUCGUGCAACGCACGCUGCCGUUGGAUUUGCACAGCAGCCCUCGUGCAAUGCAGUGCACGCUUACAAUGAAGGAUCUGUGCAUUGCACGCCGUGCAACAGAGCCCUCAUGCAACGCACCACGUUGUGCAAUGCAUGGUUUGCACUGAAGCUCUUGUGCAAAACGUGCUGCGUGCUUGCUCCAAAAUCCUCGUGCAAAGCACAGCACCGUGGUGAGUAGUGAAGCCCUCGUGUGAUGCACGCUGUCGUGCAACGAAGCACUGGUGCGACAGCGCCGUGCAAUGCAACAUUCAUUGCAACGCGGCCGUUGUACAACACAGGUGUUGCUUUUGCACGGCAGCCCUCGUGCAACGCACGGCGCUUUGCUUGUGCUCGCCCUCGUGCAAGGAAGAGGUGGUGGGGCGUGCAGCGGUGCAUUGGUUCAGAGCAGCGUUUGCAGCAGCGCCGUCGUGCAAGGGACAGGUUUACAGCAUGCAGUGCAACCCCUGUGCCGUCGUGCAAUGCACAAACACGUGCAACCCCCCCCGCCGUUGUGCAAAGCGUGACCCGUCGUGUCCAUUUGUGAGUUUCUUGUGCAAAAGAUGGAGGUGGAAGGAACCCCAGAUCCUCGUGCAAAGAACCCCCAGGUCCUCGUGCAACGGGUGGCGACGUCGGUGCAACGGCAGCCUCGUGCAAGGCGGGACCUCGUGCAAGAACAAGCCCUUGUGCAACACGGGACCGCGUGCAACAUGGGACCUCGUGCAUCGCACCCUCGUGCAACAGGGGACGCUGUGCAAUGGGGGACGUCGUGCAACGCAGCCUUGUGCAACAGACCCUCGUGCAACGCGCCCUGGUGCAGCUGCGAGACGUGUGAAGGGACACAGAGACGCCGGGGCUCCGUGCAACACGGGGGGGGGGGGCAGCCCCUCGUGCAAAGGACUCGUGCAAGGAGCGGCUGCCCUCACACUCAGACUCGUGCCGGGGCCUCGUGCAACGGAUUGGUGCCCUGCAGCAGCGUGCGAUGGGACGUUGGAGCCCAUGGGACUUGUGAGAUGCUGGGCCUUGUGCAAGGAGCUCGUGUGUUGCACGGCCCGGUGGGUUUCCGUCGUGCGAGGGGCCCUGGUGCACCUGGAUUUGCCUCACGGGGCCUCGUGCAACACGAGGGUGAGAUGUGGGGUGGUGUGCGAUGCUGUGGUGCAACACAGGGCCUUGUGCAACACAAGGGCGUGAGGUUGGGUGGUGUGCAACGCUGUGGUGCAACACGGGGCCUUGUGCGACUGCAUGGUGCAACACGGGGCCUUGUGCAACACGGGGCCUUGUGCAACACGAGGGUUCAACAGGGGGGUGUGCAACGCUGUGGUGCAACACAGGGCCUCGUGCAACAUGGUGGUGAGAUGUGGGGUGGUGUGCAACGCUAUGGUGCAACACAGGGCUUUGUGCAAGUGUAUGGUGCAACACACGGCCUCGUGCAACACGAGGGUUGAAAGAGGGGUGUGCAAUGCUGUGGUGCAACACAGGGCCUUGUGCAACUGUGUGGUGCAACACGGGGCCUCGUGCAACACGAGGGUUCAACAGGGGGUGUGCAACGCUCUGGUGCAACAUGGGGCCUUGUGCAACUGUAUGGUGCAACACGGGGCCUUGUGCAACACUCAAGUGCUGCGUGGGGCCUCGUGCAACACAAGGGUUGAACAAGGGGUGUGUGCAAUGCUGUGGUGCAACACAGGGCCUUGUGCAACUGUAUGGUGCAACACGGGGCCUUGUGCAACACGAGGGUGCGAGGUUGGGUGGUGUGCAAUGCUGUGGUGCAACACGGGGCCUUGUGCAACUGUAUGGUGCAACAUGGGUCCUCGUGCAACACGAGGGUUGAAAGAGGGAUGUGCAAUGCUGUGGUGCAACACAGGGCCUUGUGCAACCCUCAAGUGCUCCAUAGGGUCUUGUGCAAGGCAGUGGUGCAACAGUAGGCUGUGUUCACCUUUAUGGUGCAACACAGGGCCUUGUGCAACAUUCAAGUGCCACACGGGGUCUUGUGCAAGGCAGUGGUGCAAUGCUGGGCCUUGUGCAACACUCAAGUGCUCCAUAGGGUCUUGUGCAAGGCAGUGGUGCAAGAGUGCAGCUUGUGCACCCUCACUGUGCAACAUGGGGGCCUCGUGCAACAGCCCUGUGUCACACGGGGCCUUGUGCAACACGAGGGCUGGUCUGUGUGCAGCGUUGUGGUGCAACACAGGGCCUCGUGCACCUGUAUGGUGCAAUGCAGGCCCUCGUGCAACGCCCCCCUUGCGAGCCCAGGCUUUGCACAACACCCUCGUGCAACCGCACUGUGUUUUGCACGAGGCCUUGUGCAACGGCACGGCGCCAAAAGAGCUCUUGUGCAAAGCCCCCGUGCAGCAGCGUGCGGUCAGAGGCGCCCUCGUGCGACACGGGGAGGCGGGGGGGGGCUCUUGUGCAAAGGCGCCGUGCAACACUGGGCCUCGUGCAACACCCCCCUUGUGCAAGAGGGCCUCUUGUGCAACACUCCCUUGUGUCACCCCUAGUGCAAGAGGGGUGUCUUUGUGCACUAGUGCUUUGUGCAAGGGUGCUUUUGUGCAACACCGCCUUGUGCAAGAGGGCCCUUGUGCAACAGGCCUGUGCACCAGCCCUUGUGCAAGACGUGUCAUCACGCGCAACACCACUGCUUGUGCAAGAGGAGGGCCCUUUUUUGCACCACAGCUCGUGCAAGGGGGUCCAUUUGUGCACCUCCUCUUGUGCAAAGAGGCGUCCCCUUGUGCAACACUCUUGUGCAGCACCCCUUUGUGCAAGAAGAGGGCUCCUUUUUGUGCACCACUGCUUGUGCAAGCGGUUCCACUUGUGCAACACCCCUUUGUGCAAGAGGAGGGCUCCUUUUUUUGCACCACAGCUU